CUCACCUUGCCUGAGGUGAAGAGGUGCCGUGUAGCCAGAAAGAGAGAAAGAGAGAAAGAGAGAAGGAAAGAAAGAAAGGAAGGAGGGAGGGAAAUUUCUUUUCAUAAAACACACACAAGCAGAGGCGACACUAUGGCCUCUGUUUAUUCCCUCAUGUUUGUACACAUAGUUAUUGUCUGUAUGAUUCUGAGGGAAGGCGAUGCCUCGGAGAAUGAUACUAAAGCAUUCCGAGUAACAGCCAUGGGGGAUGUUGUUAUCGGAGGAAUAUUCCCGGUUCAUCGAGGCGUUGACAAAAACGAUGAGACCUUUGCUCCCCACGUUCACACGUGUUUUGGGCUCAAAACUGGAACGGUGGCGCUCACUCUGGCUAUGAUCAACGCCAUCGAGAAGAUGAAUCAAUCUCCUUUGCUGAUGGACGCUAACGUCACGCUGGGCUAUCAAAUCCAAGACUCCUGCACAGACGUCAGCACGGGUCUCAGGGCCACCGCCGCCCUCACCCAGCAGGCACAGUGUGCCCCUACGUGCGAGCAGCCGGUUGUCGCCGUCAUCGGCGCUGCUUUUUCCGAAAUGUCUAUUGCUGUUGCCAGGCAGCUGACCCUCGACAUGAUCCCUCAGAUAAGUUACUCAUCAACAUCUGUGACUCUGAGCGACAAGCGGCGUUUCCCGACUUUCAUGAGGACGGUUCCUAACGACGAACACCAGACGGCCGCCAUGGUCCGGCUUCUCAACCUCAACGGUUGGAACUGGGUGGGAAUAGUUGUCACGGAUGGCGACUACGGACGCUCGGCGCUCGAGCGUUUUGCAUCUCAAGCGUCUGAGAACGGGAUCUGUAUAGCAUUCAGGUCUAUCCUGCCCCAUACCGGCUCAGAUGGCACGGUGACCUCUGCCAUCAAACAGACUGCAGUAACCAUCUCCCAAAACCCCAAAGCACAGGUCAUCGUGUCUUUUGUAACGUCAAGUCAGAUGAGAGACCUUUACCAGGAGCUGAGGAACACGAUGCUGAGAACGGGACAAAGCAUGGGGGACAUGAGAAGAGUGUGGGUGGCCAGCGAUAGUUGGUCCUCCUCGGGCCAUGUGCAGGGGGAUAUAAGUCUUGAAGACAUCGGACACGUUGUGGGAUUCAACUUCAAGACGGGAAACCUGCUCUCUUUCUACGAGUACCUGAACCAGGUGGAGACGACCGGAUACAAGAGCACGUUGAACAACCCUUUCCUGGAACAAGUCUUCCACGUGGUGAAUGAAAGUAGCCUUUCUGGAGAUGCUGGCCUGGCAUCUGAAGUGGUGAAGACCCUCAAAGAAAACACCAACAAGGCCUUGACCUUGAGUACUGAAAUGGCCGUGAGCGCCGUCGCUCAAGCUGUGGCGUCCAUCUGCAGGAGCAGAGACUGCAAGGCGCCAGGCAGCCUGCAACCUUGGGAGGUACUAGAAGCACUUUGGAACCAUGAGUUUGAGCAUCAAGGGAGGAUGUACGCCUUUGACAACCAAGGAGACAUCAACCAAGGUUAUGAUGUCACCAUGUGGACAUCCGUUGAAGGGAAAAUUCAGGUCAAUGACAUCGUGGCCGAGUACCUGACGCAUGACAACAGCUUCACCGUAAUGGACAGCGACACCGCCAAGCGUUUUCAGGAUUUACAGCAAAUAUUCUCCAAAUGCUCCAAUAGCUGCAUCCCUGGGGAGUUCAAGAAAACUGCAGAGGGUCAACAUACGUGUUGUUAUGAAUGUAUUAACUGUACUGAGAACUACUUCUCCAACAAUACAGAUAUGGACCAGUGUCUGAGCUGUGACAUCACCCAAGAAUGGUCUCCCAAGGGAAGUUCCACUUGCUUGCGUAAAAGGCGGAUCUUCUUUUCGUGGCACGACCGCUUCGCCGUGGUCCUCCUGACCUUCUCCUCUCUGGGCAUCGUGCUGGUUCUGAUGGUGUCGGCUCUGUUUGUGCAUCAGCGAAACACCCCAGUGGUGAAGGCCUCCGGAGGGCCCCUGAACCAGGUCAUCCUCUUCUCUCUGGUGGUCAGUUUCAUCAGCGCCGUGCUGUUUGUCGGCAAGCCCAACCAUCUCCAGUGUAAAAUGCGACAGGUGCUCUUUGGCAUCAGCUUCACUCUGUGCGUGUCUUGCAUCCUGGUCAAAUCCCUGAAGAUCCUCCUGGCAUUCCAGUUGAACAUCAACGUUCAGGGGGCUCUGCGGAAAGUCUACCAGUCCGUCUUGAUUAUCGUCGCGUGUGUGGGCGUACAGGCGGCCAUUUGCAUCAGCUGGUUGGUCCUCAAAAGUCCAUACAGUCACAGUAUUUUGCAACCCAAAACUAUUUUGGAAGACUGCUAUGAGGGGUCGUAUUUGGUUUUUGGGGUGAUGCUGGGUUACAUCGCUCUGUUGGCUUUCGUUUGCUUCGUCUGCGCUUUCAUCGGCCGUAAGUUACCACAGCAGUACAACGAGGCUAGAUUCAUCACCUUCAGCAUGCUGCUGUACCUCAUCUCAUGGCUGCUGUUCAUCCCCGUGUACAUCACAACAUCUGGAGUGUAUCUUCCAGCUGUGGAGAUGGUGAUCAUACUCAUGUCCAACUACGGAAUCCUGGGCUGUCACUUCUUCCCAAAGUGCUACAUUAUGCUUUUUAGGAAAGACCAAAACACCUGUAGCGCUUUCAGGGAAAAGCUUUACCAGUAUACCGUCAAACGUACCGAUUCCUUUUCUGUGUCUGGAAACUCCGUGGCGGACCAACCAGUCGGCGUUCAAACCAUCAGCCCGUCUUCGUCCUUCUCCUUGCCUAAAGAAGAUACCAAAGCUGCCGUGGAGGAAAGUGACAGUCGCAAAGUUUCUUUCAAAGGUCCGAUAAAUGGAUUUCGUAUCUACAAAAGAAGCAUCAGCCUCUAGCUUCUGGAUUGUCAAAAACUACAAACUGUUCACACGUUCCUCUCGGGGGUCACAUCACCACAUUUGGAAACCAGUCCCAGUAGUUUUGGAACACUUUGCCUGGUGUGCAUGUCAUCGAUAUUUUCAGACAAUUUUUUUGGAAGGUCCAAAAAAAACCAAAUUUAAGAAAAAAAACCUUCCUGUUUUAGGUUGUCAUCUUAACAUACCGUUUGGGUCUUAUGUGGACCUGGGCCGACAUGGAAGGAAGAACUCACUCAAGACAGGAAGAACAGGGAUAUCAAAUGGACAUCAAAAUCGAUUGCAUCUGGACUGUUCAGGUUGUUUUACAAGACGUUUCGCCUCUCAUCAAAGACUAGCUAGGACAAACACCAGUCGGACUGGAUAGGACAGAUCUGGUCUGAGAACCUGGUGCAAGACCCAGUGUAUUUAUCCUCCAAAGAAGAAGGCAGUGGUGUCAAAUGACAGUCGUUGGGAUACAAUGGAGCAAAAUGACGGGCUCGAACCGGCGGCCAUGAAAGACCAUGUUAGCUGGCAAGCUAAACAGAAACAUUUCACUCUGCUGCGUGUUUCUUAUGGCGUCAUGGAGUGGGGUUUAACCAACGAGGUCAACGACACACUUUACACAAAAGACAUUAGUGCAAUUCAAUUUCCCAGAAAGAUUCAUUCUUCAAUAUAAUUCAACCCUUUGGGGGGUCCCCAAACCCCCAAAACAAACAACAACGUCCCUUAUUUAUAUCUGGGCGUUUCUUAGCAUCCAUUACACAUUCACUUCCAUCCAGGUUGUUUUAAGGCCCCUUUGGGGGGUCCCCAAACCCCCAAAAUAAACAACAACUUCCAUUCGUGUUGUUUUAAGGCAAUGUUUUGUGACACCAGACUAUUUUUCUCGAGUGGCCGAAGGGGCAAAAUGUACUUUUUGAUAGUAACAGUCGCGGAUCCUUGCACCCGACCCCUGUUUUGAUUAGCGAGGCCCGGCAGGCUGAAAUAAACAUGCAAAAGAGACUGAGACUGUUCUUGUCUGUCUCGAAGCAAGCCAGGAUUAAGAAGCGACAAUCAAGAUGUUGACUUUGAAAGGCAUUCCGGAAUGUGGACGAGCAAAGCGUGUUCCGUUCUUGACAUGCAAAGACAUAAUUAUCAUUGAAUCUUAUUGACAAGGGGACAGGAAAGAUGACAGAAUAGCGUUUCUGGUCAGUGUGACAAGUGAAGGCCUCAGCAUCCGCAUUGCAUUGGGUGUGACUUGUUUACUGCAGCUGCUCAGGCUUUUUAAUGAACGUAAUUAAAUGUGUCCAUGAUGGCAACAAUGUCAGAGUCACGCCCUGCCUUUGUAUUCCGGGCAAAGACUUCUUUCACUCGUUGCUAGCUGAGUGAAAGAUCACUUUGACAACUCGCCAAACUAACAAACUAACUAGCCAAACGAAGCAGCGUUCAGGAAGUGGUGCAUGUUCACAGAAAGUGUACUUUUCUGCAUCGCAAAAGAAAUGCUGCUCUUUAACACAGUUGGAAAGCCAGCAUUUCCAGAAAUGCUGCCAACAUUUGACAGACGGUACAAAUUUCCUGUGAGAAAACAAACAUUAUUUUUUCUCCAAUGCUACAUCACCUGCAGCAAAAGAUGAUUUUUCAGUAAGAAUUUGUCUCGCGUUCUGGUUUCGGAACCAAUUCAAACCAUUCCAACAUGAAAACGUUUGGACGAGUAAUUGCCCGCAUCAGAAAAAAUUGGACUACUUCCACAUUUAACUAUUUAUUCGAAUUAUUCCAAUAAAAAAAGUUUGCCAUUUUUCAAAAUUUUGAAAUUUUGCACGUAGUGAAAAACCUUUUCGCCUUCAAUUACACUUUUUUGUUUCUUUUCAAAUAUUUCCACAUUUAUAUUUCCUUUUUCUUGUAAUGUUAUGACUUUAUUCCCAUAAUAUUUGGACUUUAUUCUCAUAAUAUUAUGACUUUUUCCCCAAAACGAUUUUCCAAAAUUUUCAUUCUAUUUUCUAUUAUGACUUUAGAAAAUAUUUUUUUUAUAUGUCAAAUUCAUGCUUCAUAAACUGACAGUUUAUAAUAACGUGGGAAUAUUAGGAAAAUUAGAUUGAGUUACAUCAUAAUAAUAAUAAGUCAUAAUAUUAAAGGGGCCCUUUGUAUUGAGUUGUGGUCUCCUAUAGAGCAGCUACACACAAUAACCAGCACAGAAAGCUUUCUAAAACUUCCAGCAUCUGCACCUAUUCAGCUGGAUUUUCCAAAAUGGUCUGUUUUCAUCUAUUCCACCCACAGCCCGCCCACUUUGCUGUGAUUGGUCACACUCCCAAUUUUUUCCGAGGACUUCCGGACUACUGCCAAACCUUACUUUCUAAUCUAGUCGGUAUAGGAGUUGAUAAUGAAUCAGUCUCCUUCCACAUUUAACGAUUUAUUCGAAUUAUUCCAACAAAAAAAGUUUCAAAAUUUUCUUCAGGAUUCCAUACUUUCCAGCUCCAAAAUUCCCAUGGAAAUGAAUAGAAUUUUUCCACAUUUCUCAACCAGAUCAAAGCAUUCCAGUGUCAAAACAUUUUGUACAUUCCAAAAUUCCCACUUUACCAAUAAUUUUCCAUUUUCCAUACAGCAUUUGAGUUCAGUUAAAGCUCUUCAGUAGGUAAAUUGGUUCCAGCCUCCAUCGUGAUAAGUCCAUUUCCGCCAAGUAGGAUUCAAUUAUUAUUCAUAAAUAGAACAUUUUUGUACUGAAAGCAUAGAAAACCUGGUUGACCUUCUACUUUUUACCGUCAUUAGACAUGGAAUUGUUAACACCCUGUGGUCAUCGUUACACUCCUAUUACCCAACAUAGUACACUACAUAGUACGUAUAUACCCAACAUAGUACACUACAUAGUACGUAUAUACCCAACAUAGUACACUACAUAGUACGUAUAUACCCAACAUAGUACACUAAUAGAAAACAAUCCAUCUUAGACAUAAAUCACAUAUCAGCAUUGACAGCGUACUUCCUGGUGGCUGUCGUCUCAUGAAUGUAACAUCACUCUCAGCUAAUAGUCAACUCUUGCUAGCUGACGUCACACACGCCACUUCUUAAACAAGUCAUUUCUUAUUUCUAUUUAUUAGUCAAUCACUUGUUCAUUUUUUUAGCUCCGCAAGGUGGUGAAGGACGGACACAGAGAAGGCAUUUAUUUUUGCCCGUGGUACAUUCUAGAAAUGCAACUUAGAGUAGAAAAAGUAGAAAAACCAGCAGUCAUUUUACAAUAAUAAAGUCCAAAUACUAAGAGAAAAAAAGUUGUACUCUCGCAAGAAAACAUUGCAAUUUUACAGGAAUGAUGGUGUAAUAUUAUGUACAAAAUUAGCAUCAUUUCAGGAGUAUAACAUUACAUUUCAAAGUCAAAAUAUUAUGAGAAACAAAUAAACAACAAAUAAAGUGGGAUUCUGAUUCUGAUUCAGGCUUUAUAUGGGAGAGUUCAUGCUAAAACACUCGGUGGGACACACAGCAGUCAGACUAGAUAGGACAGCUCUACCUGAUGGAUUGAAUGCCCCGAGAAAACAAAGACUUUAUGAAUGAGAAUAUUGACAGGCAAAUGGUGCUAAUAUGGUCAUGAAAAACAAUGACAAAGAGUUCAAAUAUAACAUUUUUUAAGGCGUAAUAGUAUGAGAAAACAAAUAUUGUAUUUUUUUUUUUAAUUUGAGUGGGGGAAAAGUUGUAAUAUGGGAAUAACGCAAAAAUAUUCUGAGAAUAAAGUCCCAUUGAAGACAAUGAACUAUUUGAUUGUUCCAGCCAAAGCGUCGGCAGCCUCAGGCUUUGUCAUCGAGUUUCCCGUGUAUUGAAAAUCCCAGACUGUCCGACUCGUCCUUCUGGUCGGGCGAGCAACACAAAGCAGACGACAAGAGAAGAAGAAACUUUCAUGUCAACAUUCCGACAAAAAGACCCUCAUAGCUCUUUCGGUUUCUCUUCUGGGGACACGACGUAACACAAAGAGAGGGGGUGGGCGAUACUGCACAUUUUGGUAUCCAUUUGAUACCAAGUAGAAGGCCAGUAUUGGUGAUACUGAUAUGUUUUGUUUGAAACGUUCCAAACGAUUGUGGAAUGAUUUUCUGAUGUUGAGCUGAAUUUGUUGCUCA